CGAGGAGUGGAGCUCCCUGGCCGCAGCAGCCCGCCAAAGUUUCCUCCACCACAGCAUUUGGCACGCGCACCCGGGCAAACAGAAAAGGGAACGCUCGGUUUGGGGCGGCAGGUUAUCUAUCCAUCCCCUGAAAUGGGGUACCUUUGGGCACGCGGCCCUGCACAGCAAGGCGCCUGCUCUGUAGGUAGACAGCUUGCCUCAAAAUGAUGGAUAUGCUGGUUGGAGCUGUGACAUCCGAACCACAGCAAGUUGAGGAAGGUUGAAGCAGUUCACUUUUCAGGCUCAUCGCCACAGUGGUACAGAAAGGGAUCAGUGAUUCUGGCAUGCCCCUCCAAUAGGCACUAAGGGUUGGUGUGAAAUCUAUGCCGACUCUUUCAAAUGUAAAUUUUCUGUGUAAAGAAAAGAUAAAAAGGUGUGCAUCCUAUCAACUGUGAAUUUUCAGCCAUUGGCUAGAACAGAAUGAGCAGCUAGCCUGAUUUACAAAGCCUGCAGGGGAGGGAGUAAAAUCAUGGUGGAGGAAAGAGAGAAAGGGAUUUAGGAAUAAAGGGGUAAAAAAUGUGUUGUAGCAGACUCAAGCGAAGAAAAGACAGAGAACAGGACAAUGGUCCACAAUAGUCCUGUCAAAUAUUUAUUGCUGGGGAAAUUAUUUUUGACAGGACAGGAGAUAAUAAAGGAUUUAGACCCAGAGAUCAAUGAUCCUGAUCCAGGACUUUGGAUAGUCGCCUAUGCUGUGCCUGCCACACUCACGCUGGUUGUCAGUCUUAAUCCACCAACUGCAGAUAACAUUGUAUGGAGGAGUCUAUCAGAUGUUCACUCAGCUGCUUGUGUUGUUGGUUCUGCCAUUUUGGGGUACUCGUUGUGGUCUAAUGCCCAAAAGAACAUCUUGCAUGAAGAAGAAGGCAGAGAAUUAUUUGGUCUGGUGAUCGUUACAAUCUGGAUGAGUCUAUGUCGUGGUUCAGCAAAAAAUACCCUUGGUGGAGUUCGUCUAUCUAUUGCAGUUAUUCUUUCGCUUUCCCCAUUUAUAAUGUGGCUGUACAUCUACGUGAAUUCAGAGAUACGGGCAUCCUGGCCAUCUCACUGCAAAACAGUUAUUUAAGGUGGAAAUGAGCCAGUACAGAGUUCUGUUACCUGUGAACAAUUAAUCAGUGAUACCAAUCAGCAGACCAAAAUCACUUCGGUCCCAUGUGCAUUAAGACACAUGGGCCAGGGUUAUGUUAACCACAGUGUCUUGGUACCUGUGAUUGGAUCAAAUUUGACAGAAAGGAUAUGCCUGUGCGAAUUGAUGGAGCCCAAAGAUGGUUUGAACUUCCUGUAGUUCAAGGUGAUUAAUAGCCUUGAAGGAUAACAAUGAUUGUAGUGCAGUAUAAAUAAAUGUACUAAUGACUGGA